GCACCGCCACUGUCUAGUAAUGCGCUCUACCGGAGAAAGAGGAAACUUUUAAUUGACCCAUCUCUGUAUUUUCUCCUCUGACGUCCACUGAAAAUCGCUAAAAGGAGGACGUUUCAAGUCGGAAAUUUGAGUGGUGUUUGUAAACAAUUUGUUGUGCUGUGUGUGCGGGCGGUUCAAGAUCAAGUGGAAGUCGGGUGAAAGAUGAGGGUGGCAUCUUGGUGGGUGUAGGUGAAAAGAGCGGCCGUCGGAACCAGCGGGAGCCCUGGAAGGUUUCAAAGUAAAAACCAUGGGCAAUGCCGCUACGGCCAACAAGAAGGGAGAUUCCGCCGAAAGCGUCAAGGAAUUCCUGGACCAGGCGAAAGAAGAAUUUGAAGACAAAUGGAAGAAGAACCCAACCAACACGGCCAGUCUGGAGGACUUCGAACGGAUAAAAACUUUGGGAACAGGAUCCUUUGGAAGGGUUAUGAUUGUACAACACAAACCUACCAAAGAAUAUUAUGCAAUGAAGAUCUUAGAUAAGCAAAAAGUAGUUAAGUUGAAACAGGUGGAGCACACCCUAAAUGAGAAGCGCAUUCUGCAAGCUAUCAGCUUUCCUUUCCUUGUUAGCUUAAAGUUCCACUUCAAGGACAAUACCAACCUCUACAUGGUGCUGGAGUAUGUACCUGGUGGAGAAAUGUUUUCUCACCUACGUAAGGUUGGUCGCUUCAGUGAACCGCAUUCACGUUUCUAUGCUGCACAGAUCGUUCUUGCAUUCGAAUACCUGCAUUACUUAGAUCUCAUUUAUCGAGAUUUGAAGCCAGAAAACUUGCUCAUCGACAGUCAAGGAUACCUUAAGGUUACUGACUUUGGAUUUGCCAAACGUGUCAAGGGCAGGACCUGGACACUCUGUGGAACACCUGAAUAUUUGGCUCCAGAGAUCAUCCUCAGCAAAGGAUACAACAAAGCUGUGGACUGGUGGGCGCUUGGUGUGCUGGUGUAUGAAAUGGCAGCAGGAUAUCCUCCAUUCUUUGCCGAUCAACCUAUUCAAAUCUACGAGAAGAUUGUGUCAGGAAAGGUGCGCUUCCCGUCUCACUUCGGAUCUGACUUGAAGGAUUUGCUCCGCAAUCUCUUGCAGGUGGAUCUGACCAAACGCUAUGGAAACCUGAAAAAUGGAGUGAAUGACAUCAAGGGGCAUAAAUGGUUUGCAUCAACUGAUUGGAUUGCCGUGUUCCAAAAGAAAAUAGAAGCACCUUUCAUCCCACGGUGCAAAGGUCCAGGAGAUACAAGCAACUUCGAUGAUUAUGAAGAGGAGGCGUUGCGCAUUUCAUCUACUGAGAAGUGUGCUAAAGAAUUUGCAGAAUUUUGAGUGAUCCCCCUCCCCUUUAGUGAGCAGACAUUUUAUUGUAGGUUUCUCUUAAUUUAGUUAAGAAAAAGUGUGACUAAUUACAAUAUUGAACAAUCUGAAGCUCCCUCCCCUUUGAAGGAAAAAAACUGGAAAAGCUAAGAAAAAAAUUAGAGUAAUUUGCCUCCUGGUGUUGACCAUGGCAUUUAAUUACCUAAUGGAGUGAUGCUGUGCGCUGUGCUGCGUUCCCCAUGUUGCAUUGUGUCACUCUAUGCCAUGCUCUGGGUGGCCCAGAAAGGAGGUUUUUUAACUGUCCCUUCCCUGUCCCCGUUCCCCUUAUGCUCCCUGUCCCUCCCCUUGUGUGAUUUACAGUGGUUUAGCUGUAUGGCAAUAUGAUAAAUUUAUCAGCCUUCACACCACGAACCUCUUCCCCAACCCCGUUUUUACCCUUUGUGCUUUGCUUCCAAAAGUCAAAUACCGAGAUGUUGUUUAAGUAGUUUAUUUUCCUAUGUGCUAAGUAUGCUAUCACUAGCUGCAUUUUCAUGUCAUAUCAGGAAGUAAGAUGAGCCACUUGUCUUGUAAACAGGGUUUAUAUCAAAUACUGUAUAUCUGUUCCUAUGGCUCCUAUGUAUAAAAAAAAUCGAGUAUACACCAUUUGUACCCUUUUGCAGGCUGCGUAGUCUUAUUUGGAGAUUUGUGUUCGUUGUGCAAGGAAUUUGGCAUUUAUAGAGUUAAUUCAAUGAAGUGUGGUCGUUUUUUUGUUGUUUUUUUUAGUGUGGCUCUAGCCUUCCUAUCAUGUUGACUGCCUUUCCAACAUCACCCGUGCGCUCAUAUAUUCAAAUACCCUAUACUAUAUAUGAUGAAUUAUAUUAUUUUUGUUUGUGCUUAUGAUUAUGAUCAGUUGAAACCUGUGCAAUGCAACAUUGUAUUGUUAGAAAUUGAUUGAUGGAGAUGUGGUCGCAGAUUAUGUUAAAAUUUAUUUGUUGUUACUAGUCGAAAUUGAUGUGUUUAGCGUGAGUGUGGACAACAUAGGACCAAACGUGAGAGUAGUAUUCCCCUACUAAUAUCUUACUCUUAACUUAACUACAGUAUUUAAUGGUAACAGUUUGUUUCCUGGUGACAAGACCGUCAAGUGCUGCUUGCGAGAGGUGGCUGGACCCUGUGCCAUAUUACAGGAGUGACAAAGUGCCAAAGCCUCUUGGAAAAAAAAAAAUACCACAUAGGUUUCAGUUUUGAGCUACUGCUUACAGAUGCAGCUUGGUUACAGAAUCUGGUGUCUGUGGCAACACUCAGUUUAUUCUAUCAAACUAUUUUCCAAUACAUAUUUUUAUACUUUAUUUUCUGAGCUUUAAAUUUGAAAUUUAAGAUUAGUUAACUUCUAUCAAUUAACAAAAUUGAAAGAUGAAAUGAAAGAAGUCAACACAGGAAAACUGACAAAUUGACCAAGCUAUGAUUUUGUCACAGUCCCUUCUCUGGUCACAUGAUGCAUGAUGCCUGAUGUGAGUACUUGAGGCAGUCGCUACUGUAUGCUAGAAGCCAUAUAUUUUUGUUUUUGUUUCACUCAACGGUGUAUGUCUUCCAUGGGGAAGAAUUUAAUGCACAUAGACACUGGUGAGGCAGGGCCAAUCAAGCUAACAUGCAAGCUAGCAGGAGCCUCUAGCGUGCAAAUGUGUGUACGUAUGUCCAUGUGUGAAAGUGUUUGUAUGAUUGUGAGCGUGUAUCUGUUUAUGAGGACGGCCACUUCUCUGAAGCGCCACAGGCCAAGGGCCCACAAGCCCUUGGUCACACUGGCAUCCAGUGGGAGCCAUAUGGGAACCUGAUGGGUUCCUACUUUAAUCCUGGUGGUUACAAAUGUUUUGUUGGUUGUUUUUUCUGUAAUAGCUAAUUGUAAUAAAUAUAUGUGUAUGUAUAUAUAUGUAUCUAUGCUCGUUCUGAUAUAUGUAUAUGCAUAUGUAUGUAUAUUUAUUGAAAUACCACAUGAAGAAUCAAAACUGAUAUAACUUGUUUGAAUCCUUUUUAUAUUAUAUGUAUUUGUUUUGGUCUAUGUUGUAAGGUCUUGUGUGAUAUUGUGUUUUUAGGACUGGAAGUUCGUUGUACAAUGGACUUUAAACAAUUGUAAUAAUUAAUUAGUAUCUGUUUGUACACUACCAUAUGGUACAUGUAAGUACCUGUACUGCUGAGGUUCACUUUACCAUGUAAAUGUGAAACUGGUCAUGUUUAAUUUCUACAUAGAUGUAGUGUUUUACCUGUGCAAUCCUUGACCCUAUUUCUGUUAGUAUUAUGUUGACCUGUUGGUAUUAGGUUUUAGCCUGCCCUUGUGGCGCAGAGCAAAGCUUCUUCUAUCUCCCUCCCCAUCACAUUGUUGUUUUGAUUGUAGGAAGAUUGCCAAAACUUAUGUUUGCUGUAUAAUAUGUUAAGUUUUAUUUUUGUUUCUCACUAACUGUUUAAAGUGUCAUUUUGCUUUGCAAUGAGUGAGGCUGAGAGGUUUAUUUAAAAGUGUUUUAAAAUUGACAAAUAAAAAAAGCGUAAGUAGUAUAUGUUUGUGUUUUAGUCGAUGAAGUGCCAUUUCAUUUCAUCUCUUUAAUAGAAUUUUCUUGAAUCGUUAAAAUCAUUAAUAAAAGGAUGAAAACUAGCAUGUGACCUGGCUGAGUACAAAAGUAAUUGACUUGUUUUAUCCUUGUUGUUAUAAGUUUCAUGUUUAGUUUCUGAGCAAUUGUGUUGCACAGCUAUCUUAGCGUGGUAACUCCUUAUUUUUCCUUUUUAUGGCAACCUUUCAAAUCUCAUUCAAGCAAUAAAACAGCUGUGGCUACAAUUGCAUUUAAUUAUGGUGUAGUUUAUUUUGCUUUGAAACCUUCGCAAAAUUAUUAUAUGGAAGUGCCACACUUCCUUGCAUUUAUUAUCACUUUCUGAUUUUAUUGCUGAAAUAUCUACCGUCACUAGCACCAUAGGCUCCAAUUUUCAGAAAAGGUAAUGAUUACAUUUAAAGAAAAAAACACAAACUGCCAUGAUACUAGACUUUUUCUGAAUUGCAUGCUUAGUGUAUUGCCUUUCUUUGUGGGAUGCACAUGCAUUCAGGAUGAAAAUAGGAAAUAUGUAUGUCAAGAGGUUUUUUCCCCCUUGAAUUCUUAUUACUGCAACCUUUAGACCCAUUAUCGAGAUGUAUAAAUUGCGUGAUAGAUCUUCCCCUCUUUGAUUGCAUUGUGUAGGCAAGUAAGGAAUCUGAUGUUAAUCUUUCAGUGUCAUUCCUGUGGCAUUUGUGUGAGAUCCAUCAGGUCUAGUUGGAAACAUUUUUCAACUUUGAUGCUGCAGCAUUGCUGCUAUAAUUUUCACAGAAUUUUCUUCUACUCCUGUACUGAAGCUGUUGAAUUGGAAAAAAUCCGUUGGUAACAUAAUGCUGUUUAUUGUAGGCAGAAUUCUGAGAAUAACUUAAGUGCAACCCUAGUGUCUGAAUGAAUUGCUCCAAAUGCUUCUAUGUUGGUCGGGUGGCGGUGAGGAGUUUUCCCACCUUUGGAUUGGAUUCCGUAGCAACACUGCAUGGUGGUACGGACGACUGCCGAUUCUCCGGCGGCUGCGCUAGCUGUUCCCACAGAGACAUAGAAGCACCCCAACUCCCCUUCCCAUGCGGACUGACCGCCGCCGAAAGGUAGGCAACACUUCGAGCACCUGAGCCCUGAUACCCAAGCGGCUGCCUACCCCGCCGGCGCAGAUCGCGGCUCCAAGCUGUAAGGCUCGAACCGUGCGCAUCAUGCGCCCAUUUUCUGAGUGGUGAUCAAGUGUAUUUUUCCUUUUGAUAGACAGGAUUACCUGACUGUAUUUCGGCUGAAAUCUCUUAAAUAAAAAGUACAUCUAAGGGAAUG